UAAACCCUUUGAAACCUCAGCAGCCAUGAAUCGAACAAAGGCGAUCUUCACUUCCCUCCGAGUCGCCAGCUCGCUCCGACUGAGUCGCGCCCACUCCACAACUCGGCCUCUUCGUUCUCAGGUGACUACUACUCACUUUCCUCAUUUCCUUUCAAAUCAAUCUCACACUUCCCAUUUCCUCAAUACCCGCCAAAGCCUCACCUUCUCCUCCACACCCAACUCGGUCCUGCAACUCGUCCUCUCCAACCAGUGGUCCCCUGAGUUGGAGACCGAGUUGUCCGAGUCACACCUGUCACUGACCCACGAUGUGGUCAUCUAUGUUUUGAAGAAACUGAAUAAAGACCCAGCAAAGGCUUGGAGUUUCUUCAAUUGGGUCUGUGAGAAGAAAGGUUUUAGUCCAGGGCAUUCCAUGUUUAGCUUAAUGCUUAGGGUUUUGGUGCAUAAGGAUACAAUGAGGCAGUUUUGGGGUGUUCUGACGAGGAUGAGAGAUGAAGGGUUUUACAUUGAUGCGCAAACGUAUUUGUCGAUUUUGGAACUGCUCAAGACUGGGAAGAUGGACGCCGACGUUUCGGCUUUCAAGCAUUUUUAUGAGAGGAUGAUUCAGGAGAAUGCUGGGGAUGAGGAUGUGAAGAAGGUGAUGGAUGUUGUUUUGGGGGCUGAGUGGAGUGAUAAGGUUGAGAAAGAGUUGGGGGAGAUUGACGUGGAGUUAUCGGAGAAGUUUGUCGUAAGGGUACUGAGGGAUCUUCGGGUUUGCCCAUUGAAAGCGUUGAGGUUUUUCCGUUGGGUGGAGCAGUGUGCCGGUUAUGAGCACAAUAGUGUUACAUACAAUGGUAUGUCGUUGGUUCUUGGACAGGCUAGUUCAAUUGGGGAGUUUUGGAGUGUGAUUGAGGAAAUGAAGGUUGCGGGUCAGGAGCUGGAUUUGGAUACUUACAUUAAGCUUUCGAGGCAGUUUCAGAAGAGCAAGAUGGUAGAGGAUGCAGUGAAGCUUUACGAGCUCAUGAUGGAUGGCCCUUAUAAGCCUUCUGUUCAGGAUGUCAGCAUCCUUUUGAGGAGCAUUUCAGCAAAUGAGAGACCAGAUAUGGAUUUGGUAUUUAGAGUUGUAAAGAAGUUUGAGUCUGCAGGGUUUACACUCUCCAAGGCUGUUUAUGAUGGGAUUCACAGGUCUUUGACUAAUUUAGGUAGAUUUGAUGAAGCAGAGGACACUUUGAUAGCUAUGAGAAAUGCGGGGUUUGAGCCAGACAACAUUACAUAUAGCCAAGUGGUCUUUGGACUUUGCAAGGCCAAGAAACUCGAUGAAGCCUGUAAACUGCUGGAUGAUAUGGAAGAAAAUGGAUGUGUUCCUGAUAUAAAGACUUGGAUGAUUUUGAUUCAAGGCCAUUGUGCUGCUAAUGAAAUUGACAAGGCGCUGAUUUGUUUUGCAAAGAUGAUGGAAAAAGAAUGUAAAGCGGAUGCGGAUAUUUUGGAUGUCUUGAUAAAUGGGCUCAUUAAGCAGGCGAAGGUAGAUGGUGCAUACAAACUGCUUAUUGAAAUGUUGAAUACAGCUCAUGUAAGACCUUGGCAAGCCACAUUCAAAAAUCUUAUCCAGAACCUACUAGGAGCUAGAAAGCUUGAGGAAGCAAUGGAGCUUCUUUGCUUAAUGAAAAAGCAGGGCUACCCGCCUUAUCCGGAGCCUUUUGUCGGAUACAUAUCAAAGUUUGGUUCUGUGGAAGAUGCUUCAGAGUUUUUCAAGGCAUUGUCUGUGAAGGAAUAUCCAUCCAAUGCAGCUUAUGUCCAUGUUUUCAAAUCAUUCUUUAAAGAAGGUAGACACUCUGAGGCCAAGGAUCUGCUUUAUAAAUGCCCACAUCAUAUUCGAAAACUUGGUGAAGUUCGGAAACUUUUUGGUGCCACAGAAAGAAGCAAGACUACUGCUAUUGCUUAAAGUUUGUACCAAUAGUAAGAUUAUUGCUAUUGCUUUAAACUAGUACCUGUUGUUGCCUGAAAUCUAUAGAAUUUAUGCUAAUUCAUGAAAACAAUUGGACAUC